AUGUCUCCACAUGCAAACUCGCUGCAGCAUAGGCGCGUAUGGUGGAAAGAAGCAACUUUCUAUCAAGUCUAUCCUGCAUCGUUCAAAGACAGCAACUCUGAUGGCUGGGGCGAUAUACCCGGUAUACUGCAAAAGAUCAAGUACAUUGCUUCUCUUGGAGUGGACGUGCUGUGGUUAUCGCCUAUGUUUGACUCGCCGCAGGUCGAUAUGGGCUACGAUAUCUCAGAUUACGAGAAAGUAUAUGCGCCAUACGGGACUGUGAAGGAUGUCGAAGAACUGAUCCAGGCGUGUCACGAGAGCGAUAUGAAGAUCAUCCUUGAUCUGGUGGUCAAUCACACCAGCGACCAACACGCAUGGUUCAAGGAAAGCAGAAGCUCGAAGAACAACCCAAAAAGAGACUGGUAUUUUUGGCGGCCGGCGCGAUACGAUAAAGAAGGCAACCGCAUGCCGCCAACGAACUACCGAUCAUACUUUGCGGGCGGCACUUGGACAUGGGACGAGCAGACACAAGAGUACUACCUGCAUCUCUACGACAAAACUCAGCCGGAUCUCAAUUGGGAGAAUGAAGACUGUCGCCGCGCGAUUUACGACUCAGCGAUGCGCUUCUGGCUGGACAAGGGCAUAGACGGCUUUCGUGUGGACACAGUGAACAAGUACUCGAAGGUACUGCCGUUCAGAGAUGCCCCAGUCACAGACCCAACAAGCAUCAUCCAGCCUGCAGCACAAAUGUGGUGCAGCGGCCCACGCAUACACGAAUUCAUCAAAGAAAUGAACCGCGACGUUCUCUCCCAUUACCGCACAUACGACGGCCAACAACUCGUGACCGUCGGCGAGCUAUCCCUCUGCCCCGAAACAGAAUCCGUCAUCCCAUACGUCAGCGCCAUGCAGCGCGAGCUAGACAUGGUAUUCCAAUUCGACAUCACACAUCUCGGCCAGGGACCGCCCGGCUGCAACGACAAAUACGACUUCGCGCCGUGGAAGUUACCGGAAAUGAAGCGCAUCGUGGAGAAGUGGCAAUGCUUCAUCGAAGGCACAGACGCGUGGACCACUGUCUUCAACGAGAACCACGACAACGGCCGCAGCGUGUCGCGCUUCGCCAACGACGCGCCGCAGUGGCGCGAGAAGAGCGCGAAGAUGCUGGCUCUGUGGCUGGUGGGACAGACUGGGACGCUGUUUUUGUAUCAGGGACAGGAGAUUGGUAUGAUUAAUGCCCCGAGCUAUUGGGAUAUGGACGAGUAUAAAGACGUCGAGGCGAGGAAUUACUGGGCUGAGGCGGUGAGGUUGGCGCAGGAUGGGACGGAUCCGACGAGGAGGGAGAGGAUUGGGCGGGGGUUGCGGCUCAUGGCGAGAGAUCAUGCGAGACUCCCGUUUCAGUGGGAUGGGAGUGGGAAUGCGGGGUUUUCGGAGGGGAGGCCGUGGAUGAGGGUGCAUGAUGACUAUCGAGAGAUCAAUGCUGCUGCGCAGGAGGGGGAUGAAGAUAGUGUUCUGGGUUUCUACAGGCGCUUGUUGAAGCUGAGGAAAGAGCACAAGGAUGUGUUUGUGUAUGGUACAUUCGAGCUGGUCGAUGUGGAUGACGAGAAGACGUUCGUCUACAGGAAGCGGUACGAGGACAAGACAGCCGUCGUCGCGCUGAACUUUACGACCGAAGCGCAGCCUCUGCCCGACACAGACGGUCUGAAGCUGCUCGCAAGCUCAUACCCAAAAGCAGCGCCAUAUAUGCUACAACCGCUCGAAGGCCGGAUAUACAUCAACUACUAG